AUGUCGUCAUCUCCGGAAAAUAGAUUUCUAGAUGAAAUCGAAAAUGAUUCUGCUAAUAGUAGUAUAUUAAUGGAUGUAAAUAAUAGUAAACAUUUGAGACUGGAUGAAUUAGAAGAGGCAGAUGAACAUACAAAAAUGAGUAAGAAGUUGUUUUAUUCAAGUCCUCAUCGUGAAAAGCCGAUACGAAAUAGACCUGUGCAUGAUGAACCUCUCUCAAAAAAUAAUGAGAAUGAAAGAGGAGUCCAGGCUCCAGUAAGAGAAAUUAUAAUCAAUAAAGACACUUUGUAUGAUAAAGAAGAAAUCCAACCUUGGGAGUUCAAUAAAGUCAUUAGAAAAGGGUAUAAGGAAAAACUGCCAACAAAUUAUGAUCUAAAGAAAUGGAGAAGACCAUCGAAAACCAUGGUUAAUUCAGUGAUUCAAUUAUUAGAAAAUAAUAUUGAAUAUGGGAUAGAGGGUGUUAUGAAUAAAUAUAAAGAUGAAUUAGAAGCUGUUACUAAUUACAAUCAACGAGAAAUUAAAAAAGUUUAUAAACAGAAACAAUCUAUCAUGGAUGACAUUGUAUCAAAAAUAAAACAAAGAUUGGCGAAAUCAAAAUUUCCAUCCAGAUUAGCUGAUAAGGAUUUAGAUAUUGAAUAUAUAUUUGCUAAGAGAAAGUUUAUUCAAAGCAGAUAUAUCCAAGAGCUUGAGAAUGCAGAAAGAGUUGAAACUGAACUAAUUAAAUCACAAGCAGAAUUGAUUAAAUUGAGAGAUACUAGUAAAAAACUAAUGAAAAACAAUCGUAAGCGCUUGGUUGAGAAACUAAUUGAUAACAAUUUACAUUCCAGUUUAAGCAAAUCGAUUUCAAACUCCUUUAAUUUUGAAACCAAUACAGAUUCAACAGUAUUAAAUGAUACGGAUAACAAUAAUCACAGCAGUAAGUUCAGUACGGAUCUUUAUGAGCUAAAUUUGGAGAUAGACUUGUCAGAUGAUGCAGAAGAACCUCAAAUGUUUGACACAAUCACUAUGCAAAAGGAUAGAGAUACAAAUGCAUCGUUGUACUUACCUAGUCUGGAAAGUUAUGAACAGACAUCAAAUAAGUUAUCGAAGACUAUAAAUUCAAUACUUGAGCUUAACCAUAAUAAAGAAUUCAAAAAGCUAAAUAACAGAAAUGUCGAUAAUGAAGAUGAUUAA